AAUGAAAACCAUUUGGAGGUGGGACAAUAUGGCAGGAACUCACUGUACAGAUAUCAGCGCUUGUGGGAUGUUAAAACUUUCAUGUUUUAUCAGUUUAAUAGGAAAAUAAACAUUGUUUGCAUUCAUCGGAGGCUGUGUCAAUUGACCCAUUAAAACCAUAUUUACGUUUAUUCAUGUUUACUAUCCAGCAUCUAUAUAAAAGUGUCGAAAACGAUGUGUAGCUAAUGUUAGCCCACGAAUGCUAAUGAGUACAACUUGCUAACUUAGCUAACAAGUAAACCUACUGCAUUAGCAAAUCGUGCACGCUUGGUACGCAUAGACGUGAAUGAAAGACUGUGACUGUGGUGUGAAGAUCCUUAUUUUGGAGCCAAAACAGCAAGGAUGAAGAGGUGGAACUGGCGAGAGGGGCAGCGACCAUAUCGCCAACAAGGUCCUGGUCAGCGGCGCGGCUGGUACAGAGGUAACCGACAGAGACCGACACAGGACGAACAGUGGUCUGGACAUAAUGCGGGGCCAUCAUACAGAGCAUCUCAGAGGAGACAUGAGAACCAGUCAGCUGCUUCCUCGUCAUCCCCGUCUUCCUCCUCUUCUGAGGCUAGUAAUGCUGCACCAGAGCUGCCUGGUUUCUACUUUGACCCGGAGAAAAAUCGUUACUUUCGCCUGUUGCCCGGACACAACAACUGUAACCCACUGACCAAGGAGAAGUUACAGGAGAAAGAAAGAGAGAAACAGAGAAACAAAAUGCUUGCAGAGGAUGAAAAGCCCAGAAAAAAAGCACCAAGAACAGGACUUAACACUUCACUGCUCCUGCAGAAGAGACACCUCGGCCUGUUACCUGAGAACUCCUAUUGCAGGCGGGUCCACGAGGUGAAGGUCAGCGGAAUGAGACGCCACAAACUAGAGAUCCAGUGCACAGACAACAGCAACCCCAACACUGACAACUUCAGACUCAUAGUGGGUGACUCAGCAUGUGAGCGAGUGUUCACAGUCAACGAUGUGUCGCACGGAGGUUGCAAGUACGGCAUCAUGAACUUCAGCAGCAGCAGCCGGGGAUCUCUCUCUGUGGAAAUGUGUGACAACCUCUACUUCACCAACCGCAAGGUGAAUUCCAUCUGCUGGGCCUCAGUCAACUACCCAGACUCCCACGUAUUACUGUGCCUGGUAGGAGCGGCAGACACCCCUGGCUGCGUCAGUUUACUUCCUGCUUCCCUCUUCAGCAACUCCAACCCAGAUCAGCCUGGGAUGCUGUGUAGCUUUAAGAUAUCCUCAGCCUGGUCUUGUGCUUGGUGUCUCAAUCCCCAGUUUGACAAGACCUUCAGUACCGGUCUGUCUCGCAGAGUCAUAGUGAAAGACGCAGAGACGGGCCGAACACAGACGUAUAGCACUGGCAGUGAUGUCUUGGCUCAGCAGUUUGCCCUUAGGGUACCUGUGCUUUUUAACGGUUGUCGAUCAGGGGAGAUCUUCAGCAUCGACUUGCGGCAGCGCGGCCGCAGGGAUCAAAGCUGGAAGGCCAGUCGCUUUCAUCAGGAGUCAGCCAUCACCUCUGUACGCGUCCUGCAGGAUGAGAACUACCUGCUGGCUGCUGACAUGCUGGGCCAGAUUAAGCUGUGGGAUGUGCGAGUGACAAAGCCAGUGCAGGAGUACAAAGGGCACUACAAUGAACAUGCCUACCUUCCCAUCCACGUCAGUGAGCCCGAGGGGCUUUUGUUAGCAGUUGGUCAAGAUUGCUACACAAGGAUAUGGAGUUUAAACGACGGUCACCUGCUGAGGACCAUCCCUUCACCCCAUCCAGCUGCAAAUGACCUGAUACCGAGCGUCGUCUUUUCCUCCAAGUUGGGCGGCUGCAGGGGGCUCCCUGGCCUGCUAAUGGCUGUUAAACACGACCUUUACUACUUCCCGUACAACACCGACUACCAGGAAGGAGGAGAUCAGCAGACUGUCUUUUAGGAAAACACUGAAAUUGUUUCAUCUCACAGACAAUUUCUAAAAACAGGGACACCUUACUUCAUGAGUGCACGUAUACUCAUAUACAAAAUCUAAAGGUAUUUAUAAUUGAAAGGGUUUGGCCAGUAUGCAGAUAAUUUCCAAGAAGUUGUACUGAAUUUUGAUGGGGAAGAUGACCUUAGAAAAGUUACAUUGACAUCUCAGGGAAUAUUUGAUGUUUGACCAACUUGCUUGUGCCAAAAGGCAACUGAAGUGCUACAUACUACAGUUACAGCAGAUAAAAUGCUUUCUGUAAUUGUUACAAAAUAAGUGCACUUAUUACAUGAUUGAUGACUUAAUUUGUUUUAAUGUAGGCUUGGAUGUCUCUGAUCUCCAUUUGAAAAGGACAGUGCUGCUGCUGUUUAAUACAUAAUGUAUGAACAAAACAUGAACAAAAAGGUAUUGAUUUGUUCCUUGUGAUAUUCAUUGAAUGUCUCUCUGAAACAGACGAUGACGAGAUAGUUCAGGUCAACAUGUUAUUUCAUCUUAGUUGUUGACAUAACCAACAACCUCUCCCUGUCAGUUACUGAUUUAAGAAAAAAAAAUACCACAUUAACCAUCACUGCAGUCAGCUCUUACGAGAAAGCCCAGCUGCGUUAUAUGUUGUAUUUAUCAUUGUCAAUUAUAGUCUCGUUGUAAUAAUGGCAACCUCAAACGUUGCUCACUUGGUGCUCCUAGCUAACUAGCUACGCAGCCUGAGUUGACAGAGUAAAGGAUUACUCCUCUAAUUAUUUCCUGUUUUGAGGGGCCAGCCUCAAAGAUGGUUUGAAAUCUUUUCUGCACCAUAUUGCUACUGUGAGCCAGCCACUGUAUUAAAAGCAGUUUCUGUUGCA